UAGAUGCUCUCAAGACGGCUUUAGAAGAAGGUGAAAAACGCUUGCGAGAAAUUACCCUCCUUCUACAAGAGUCUAUUCAGACGUCAGAAACAUUCAAUAAAACCUACGACGAUUUACUGAAAAUGUACAGUUUAAGGAUAGUUCCAAAUGAUAAUACGAUAGAUGAUAUGUGUGUUUGACAUCCACGUUUGGUCAUAGAAAGCACCACAGAUUGUCACAGAUAUUAUAACUGUUCUGGAGUUGCUCCUGACUUGGGCGGCGGAAUAGGCCAAAUGUUCAACUCCUGGACUGCAAAACAUCUGCAUGAGUGUCAUUAUCCGCUUUUGUUCUCCAAUGAAACACUUCGUUGUGAAAAUUACACCGAAGUAGUUUGUGGAGCACGUUAUGAACCAAAAUGGGCUUGUAGAUACUACAGACUGCAGUGUAAAAAAUCACACUGCAUACCUUGUGAGGUAUUCUACCCAAAAUGUGAAGAUAAAGACGACGGACUAUGGCCACAGCCCGAAUAUGAUGGACCUCGCUACAUGAUUUGUCAGAAUGGAAGAACCAUCGAAACAGGUACUUGUCCACGAGAUGAAACAUGGAGUGUUCAGUCCUUCCCCUACAAUGGUAAAUGUGUGCAUAUGUUUGCUAUACCUAAAGGAUACAAAGGUUUUGGCUAUCUUCCUUCUUGUAACGGAACAGCAGAUGGAAAUUAUCAGUAUCCUGAACGACCUUGUGACGCUUACUACAGAUGUGAUGGUGGAAUUGCUUCCGCUGUGAAAUGUCCCCAGAAUACGCUCUUUGACAUAUUAAGUAAGACUUGUAAAGUCGGAGGCACAUGUGCAUAGAGAUGAGU